CUAGCCAGCUGUUCAAACGCACGUGUUUAUUUUUACGAAUUGAACGCAGUUUAUUAAUUAUUAAUUUUAAGCGCUUACUUGAUUUUCAAACAACAAAAUGGGCCGAAAUAAUCGCUCACGAAAGCGCCGCGAUGAAAUGAACAAGAUCAAGAAGGCGCGGUACGAGGCUAAAGAGUUAAUUCGCUUGAAGAAAACUCUGGGUCUGCUGGAUGCCGAUGGAAAUGAGAUCAUGAAAGAUAUCAGCGAUGUGGUGGAAGUUAAGACAUCAAAAGAGAUUAAAAGGGAAGCCAAUUCCAAGGAGGAGCAAGAAUUGAUCUACGAGCACCAGGAGAGCCUGGAGAAGGGCGAAAAGGUGCCCGUGGUCAACGAGAAUACUGGUGUAGAGCACGUCUUUAACAGCAAAACCCUCAAGGAUCAGUAUGGCAACUAUCCGGCGUGGUUUAAGAAGAAGAAGACCGCCAAACGUCUACGCAAGAAGCAGCACUCCCAGAAAAAGAACUUCAAGCAGGCCUGGACCACGGUCAACGUGCCCCUAUAAGUCUGGGAAAUGUUUACCUAUCCUAGGUAUACACCUUAGAUUGUAAGUCCCCGCUUAGGUUAAGUGAUUUUGUAGGCCAAAUAUCGCUACAAAUCUGUUUUAGCUAAGAGUUUAUAUUGCAUAUUAAAGCCUUAAAAACUACGAAUCUAA